CUCGACCGUCUGUGCAAAGGGCGUUCAGGUGGAAGCCGCUCGGAGGGAAAAGUAUUAACGAAUAUAAUGACGAAAUUGAUGACGAGAGUAACUUCAGGAAGACUUAGAUGUGAUAAUAUAAUUGUGUGAAAAUUUAAGAAAUUGAGAAUAACAAGAGUCUGUGCAGAAGGAAAUGCAGACAGAUAAAGCCCUUCAAUCAGACUGCUCCUCUACAGCGAAUGUAAGCCACUUGUUGCAAUUUUCCUGAUGUCUAGGAAACCAAGAAUGCAAUGAAUAUGUGCAAAGAGAAUUACAGUCCUUAAGGUUCAAGUAAUUAAUUUGGUCAAACUAACUUAGAACCAAUCCACAAUGGGAGAUGCAGGCAUGGCAAUUCUGUCCCUGGAACUGGAGGAUGACAGUGUGAUGGACAACAACAAAAUAAUGGUGGCUGGUGAAUUAGAGAUUGGAGAUGAAUCAGUCAUGGUGGAGACUUCAGAAACAGGGACAAUUGUGUACAAGAGUGCAUCCUGCCAAGUGGAUCUCAGUUCACAGGACAUCAUGAAUCUUCCUAUUUUAUUCUGUGGCUUGCAUUCUUCAUCUUGUGAAGCCUCAACUCAGUGUGACAUUCCACUCAUUGUCAGCCAUAGUCUGUCUGCCUUUGCUAAGGAGGUUUGCAUCUCUGCCAGAAAGCCACUGGAAGAAAUAACAAAAGAACAUAGUCGAGUCACAGCUUCGAUACAAAAUGAGGUAGAAAAGGCAUUCCAAACUGACAUUAUAAGAGACACAAUAGAAGACGUCAUUCUUAAUAAUGCCGGAGUUGAGGAUUUGGACUCCUUUCAGAGAGACAACCAGGAUUCUAAGGAGCUGGCAGAUGCUGUUCAAAAAGAUCCACCAAGAACUUCAAAAAGGGGAAGAAAGAAGAAGCCUCGAGAAGACAGCGACUUUGACUGGGACGAUGAUGAUGACUUUUGGGAGGAAAAGAUCAAUUUGAGUGUUAAUUCUCCGUCCAGGAGAAAAGCAUGCAAAACAAAGCAUUCAGGCAAUGCAGAGACUAAACCACAAAGUCCAAAGUUGAGGGAAAACGAAAAAUCACCCAGAUUGAAAGAAAGCUUAUAUGCAGAACAGGUCAGAGCAGGUAUAAAAAGUGUAAUGGAACCAAUGGAAAAUGUCACUCCUUAUAUUGAGUUAGUCACAGAGAAGGAGUGGUGUAAUGACUGGAUUACAGAUGAUGAGGUAGAUGAUGAUGAAGAUUUGGAUCCCACACAGGAAGAAUUCGGUAAAAAUGCAAAUGGUAAAAUAAGUUCAUGUAGUCAUUGUAUGCUAAAGUUCAGUACGCCAUUGCUCUUGCUGCAGCACACAGAGGCAAAUCAUUCUGCUCAUAUAUGUAAUAUUUGUGGAUUCACAGCAACCUUUAAACACAAACUGAAGAGGCACAUGGUAAAACAUUCUAAUGUCAAGGCAUUUGUGUGUGACAUUUGUGGUAAACAGUAUUCACAGAAUCAGAAUCUCAAAGAUCAUAUAUCUCGUGCACAUAGUGACCAGGAUCAUUGUGAUAGGUACCCAUUUAGUUGUGAGCACUGCAAACGAUUGUAUCGAGAUGAGAGGAAUUAUAUUAAACACCAAGAACAAUGCAGCGGUCCGUGUGAUAUAUGUGGAUUAAUGUUCAAGUGUAGUGGACAGUUGUGGCUUCAUAGGAGAGAGCAUUAUUCCCACUGUAAUAUUUGUGAGAAGGGAUUCCAAUCCCGUGGCUCACUGUUGCUACAUAAAAGUAUGAAGCAUGGUAAAAAGACCCUCCAGUGUCCCAAGUGCCCCAGAAAAUUUGUAUUUCAGUCCCAUCUGAGAAAUCAUUUUGACAAUGCCCACAACCAAGCAGCACCUCAGUUUAAGUGUGAAGCAUGUGGGUUCUGCACCAAGUCAAUGACUUAUCUUAAAGCUCAUCAUAGUAGAAUGCACAAAAACCCAUCAAAAGUAUAUUCUUGUGAUCACUGCAACAAAAAUUUUAGAAGCAAGGCAAGAGUUAUUGAACAUGUACGCAUUCAUACAGGCGAAAGGCCUUUUUCCUGUCCAGUAUGUUUCAAGACUUUUUAUUCUCAAAGUAAUUUGUAUGCCCAUGAAAGAACUGUGCAUGGAAGACUGAAAAAUUACGGUACAAAGGAGACAGAGGAGAACACUGGUGAAGCUAUUGUGCGCAGACAAAUAUCCAGCUGUUACCAGUGCCAUCUGUGCCAGUUAAGAUGCCCAACCCAUAAGAAACUCAAACAUCACCUACUGAAGGACCACAACUUCAGUAGUGAAGAUGCAAGGGAACAGAAGAUUGACAAUGUGGAGGUUAUUUGUGCAGAUGAGUCAGUUGUGACAUCCAUGGGCAUGGAUAUGGGUCAGAGAGAAGGGGAAGGAACAAGCAAAGACAGUGGAAUAAUGGGUAAUGAGAAUGUAGGUGUUAAGGCAACUGUGUCUGUGCCAUCUUAUGUUGUGCCACCCAAUGUUAAUCUUGUUGAAAUAGAAGGUGUACAAUAUCAUGUUAUAAGAAAUAGCCAGUGAAUAUAUAGUGUACAUAUAUUAGCAUGGUUAAAGAACAGAUGUACAUGUAUUUUUUAUAAUAGUUUGAAAUAGUGGCUGUAUUGAGGAAAAAUACAAAAAUUCCAUAAUACAUGCUCAAAAGAAUUUGAAACAGUCAGAAUAUUUGAUUUUUGUAUAUGUGCUUCAUUUCACUUGAACGAAACAAUAUCUUGUUUAAAAGUGUUAGUUUAGCCUUCCUACAAUAGACUAAAGUGAGGAAGCCUUGCCUGUAUGAUAAGGAAGCCGGGAACAAUGCAGGGGAUCCAUUAAGACUUUACCUUGCCUUAGUUUAUGUUCACUAAUCUAAGUGCUCUCCCAGCGAGUGGAAAGAAUAACAUAAAUUAAAGUUUUGAAAAUGGGUGACGGAGGUUUUGUGUAUCUCACAAUAUACAAUGAUUAUCACAGAGGUACUACAAGCACUGAUUAUGAUACAAACAUUUAUGAUGAUGAUUAACAUACUGUGAUAUACCUCAGUCACCAAGAAUGGUAUUGUGUGAUAAUAAUCCUUUGAUUUACUGAUGUAUCUUGUAAACAUUGGAGAAAUAAUGAUGUAUUCUGUACAUGAAAUAUCUGUGAUGCAAUAUUUGCCUCAAAUAAAAGUAUUCAUCGUUUUAGUUGAAUAUCGACAUUGUAAAUUUUUUUUGUAACUAUUUGUAUCAAAGAUAUUAUUUGAUUAUUUGAUAUAUCCAUUAUUGUUUGAGUUAAGAGUGUAUUAUUUUUAUUUAUGUAUACAAUGUAUUUCUUCUCCCUAUACUGUAGGAACAAAUUCUAUAUACUAUAAAUUACAUAAAUUAUCCUUGUUAUGUCUGCAAGAUAAAUUUGAGUGCAGGUUUGAUUAUUUAAUAAAUAAAGUAGUCAUUAAAUCUAAGAAAAUGUAAAAUGUGUGAAAAAACAGAAAAUAUAAUAUUCUGCCUUUUCACACAAUUUAUACUUGUUCUGUUUUUUUCUUUCUUUCUUUUUCUUUUUCUUUUUCUUUUCUUUUCUU